AUUUCGUGAACAGGCAGGACCUGGCCAUGUGCGGCGCUAGCUAGCCCACGAGGUGGGCAAUCAAGAAGAUUUUUUUUUUUUUUUCUUUGGCCGUACCAAUACUACAUUACUAUUUUACUUGGUCGCAGCCAUCAAACGCUUCCACGUUCCUAGGUUUCUUUUUGUCCGCCUUACUCAGACGAGCCAUCAUCCGGAAGAUUCAGGAGCAAGAAAAAUGGCAGCCUCGCUGGAAGAGACCACGGUCAGCUACGAGGAGCUGGAGGACCUCGAGCAUGGGUUCGACGAGGUCGAGACCGAGAUCAUCCGCCAGCAGUAUGCCCUCUCCAAGCCGCUCUACGCCAAGCGCGCGGAGCUGGUAGCCAAGAUCCCCAACUUCUGGCCGCUGGUGCUCGAGCAGGCGCCAAUGGACCUGGAUGAGUACAUCCAGCCGUCCGACUCGGCGCUGCUGCUGUCGUCGCUCAAGUCGCUCUCCGUGAGCCGCUUCGAGCUCGACGCGGACGAGAAGAACGGCGACCCGCGCAGCGUCGCCAUCCGCUUUGAGUUCGCCGAGAACGAGCACUUUGAGGACAAGGUGCUGGAGAAGAAGUUCUGGUGGCGCCAGAGCAAGGACGGGUUCGCCGGCCUCGUCAGCGAGCCCGUCGAGAUCAAGUGGAAGGAGGGCAAGGACCUGACGGACGGGCUGCUGGGCCUGGUCAAGGCCGUCUACGACGAGCAGCGCGCGAAGCCCAAGCAGGAGACCAAGGACAAGAAGGCGAAGGUCGAGUUGACCGAGAAGCAGAAGGCGCUCAAGGAGAAGAUCGACAAUACCGGCAUGGGCGGCGUCAGCUUCUUCGCCUGGUUUGGCUACGUCGGCCACUACGUCACCGCCGAGGAGAGCAAGCUGGCCAUCCAGGAGGAGGCGGAGGAGCGGAGGAAGAGGAAGGCUGGCGAGGCGGUGGCUAAGAAGGAGGACGAGGACGAGAAGAUGGAGGACGCCGAUGAGGAGGAUGAAGACGAUGAUGAGGACGACGACCUGGAGAUCUUCCCGGCAGGUGACGAGGUCGCCAUGGCGAUUGCGGAUGAUCUGUGGCCCGGCGCACUGAAGUAUUUCAUCCAAGCUCAGGAGCAAGACUCGCUGAGCGAGCUUGAUUUUGAAUCGGGGGAUGAGGAUGAGGAUGACGAGGAGGACGAGGAGGAGGAGGGCGGCAAUGACAGGCCCCACAAGAAGCACAAGGGCAGCGCCCACAGCUCCAAGCACUGAGCUGGCUCUCUUUGCGAGACGGAUCCUGCCAUGGUCAGCCCUGAGAUACCCUAAAACCCCUGAUGAUUUGGACACAUGAAUUUGGUAUGAGAUAACGGAUAGAUAAAAGUUUUUUGCGUUCUUAACCACCGUCCGCAGCCCGGACACCUACUGUGUACCAAGCUUUGAACCCUGGGCAAGUGUCGCGGUCUUGAACCCGCCUUUAAGUCUUGGCCUCCAGGCACGCAGCC